AGGACGCAUCCUUCGAGAUCUUGUAGGGCCAGUACCGCGACGAUUGCGACAUCUUCUCCGUUGUGCUCGUCGUCCACGCCUCGAACCACAAACCCUCCAUCGUCAUUGGCGCAGAGAUGCAAGGCCUCAAGAGCUCCUACCAAACAUGAGACCAUCUCUCCAACGGUGUGUUGCCCGGCGCUGGGUGUUCGGCUUGUCACAGCCUUUACCGCGAGCAGCCUACCCUGCCUGCUCUGAUGUGAGAUGCUACGUCCCUCAUGGUCAGCAUCGGUAUAUAUACACGAGAACCCUGUCUCCAGUAUUCUCCGGCCAACUCACUGCUGUCCCUGCUCGGAGAACAAGUUCUCAGCCAUCUGUCCAGCAUACCUCCCCCGGGAUUGCGAGGCUGGGUUGGAUAUCGCAGCAAAGGAUGAAAAGCACAACAACCAUGUCUACCCCUCCUCGCGUCCUCGUCUUUGGCACCGGUAGUGUCGGCGCCGUCUACGCCUGGAUCCUCUUCCGUGCCGUCGGCUCAGACAACUUGUACACGGUAUGCCGGUCGAACUAUGCGGUGGCCUCGACGGCGGGCUUCACCAUCAACUCGACGAUUUUCGGGGAAGGCGUCAACUUCAAGCCCCAAGUGGUGCGGAGCGUGGACGAGGCCGUCUCACGCUCGGGAGGCAAACCGUUCGACUUCAUCGUUGUCACGGCAAAGGCCAUCCACACGACCCCGUCAAUGCCAGAACAACUCCGCCCGGCCAUCUCACCCCAGACGACCAUCGCGCUGAUCCAAAACGGCAUUGCCAUCGAAGAACCCUACCGCGCCCUCUACCCGGACAACCCCCUGCUCAGCUGCGUGGUGUACCUUCCAGCGACGCAAACCGCCCCGGCCGUGAUCGCCCACCGCGAGAUUGAGCUUUUGCACAUUGGGACAUACCCGACCAACGCCUCACGCGAGCACCAAGCCGCGGCAGAGUCGUUCGCCCGCCUCCUCAACGCCGGGGGCGGCAGCACGCAAGUGCACGACGACGUGCAACCGGAGCGCUGGAGCAAGCUCAUGGUCAACGCGAGCUGGAACCCAGUGUGCGCGCUAUCCCGGUCGCGCGACGCGCAGUUCCUCCACUCCUCGCCGCCAGAGUACUCGCUGAACCUGAUCAAGUCGCUCAUGACCGAGAUCGCCGCCGUCGCACGGUCUCGCGGCUACGACAACGUCAACGCCGACACGAUCGAGUACCAGAUCAACCGCGCCAAGGUCAGGGGCCUGCCCGGCAUAGAGCCCUCCAUGCUCGCGGACGCCAAGGUCGGCGCGAGGAUGGAGGUCGACGCCAUCGUCGGCAACGCCGUCCGAUUGGCCGAGGAAAGGGGCGUGCAGACACCGCUGCUGCGGGGAAUCUAUGCCCUCGUCAAGGCGUUGGAUGCCAGUUUCCAAAGGGAGCUCGAAAAGAAGCUUCAGGUCAACGGCAAGGGGAAGCCGGAGGAACAGUCAAGGAUCUGAAUUGUCGUGUGAGGUUGGGGUUUUGUUUCAGUCCAGAGUGGGAGGGGUGUCUCUGACCAUAUUAUUUUAGAUAGUUAUGCCAAUGCCUGAUAGAGAUUUAUAGGGUAGAACUAGGAGACCGGUAAAUUUCACCAUGCCGAUGAGCACUUUCCG